UCGCGUCAAAACGCUUCCGCUCUGCUCUGCAGCCUGUCUUUCCAGUGGAGCGGCCGAGUGCGUGCUCGACUCAGGAACACGAAGCCCUCGUCGCCCACAGACCAAGGACCGACCGAAAGAUGCCCCCCAAAAAGGGAGAAGCACCGAAACAGCCUCCAUUGAUUGGACGAUUUGGCACAUCUCUGAAAAUUGGAAUCGUGGGAUUACCUAAUGUCGGGAAAUCCACCUUUUUCAACGUGCUGACCAAAAGCCAGGCUGCAGCCGAGAACUUCCCAUUCUGCACGAUUGACCCAAACGAGAGCCGGGUACCUGUCCCAGAUGAGCGCUAUGAUUUCCUCUGCCAGUACCACAAACCAGCCAGUAAGGUCCCCGCCUUCCUAAAUGUCGUGGACAUUGCUGGUCUGGUGAAGGGAGCUCACGCAGGACAGGGACUUGGAAAUGCCUUCCUCUCCCACAUCAGUGCCUGCGACGGCAUCUUCCACAUGACCCGUGCGUUUGACGACGAGGAUAUUAUCCACGUCGAAGGUAAUGUUGACCCCGUGAGGGACAUUGAGAUCAUCCAUGAGGAGCUGCGACUAAAAGACGAGGAAAUGAUCGACCCGAUCCUCGACAAACUGGAGAAAACUGCAGUCAGGGGAAGCGACAAAAAACUAAAACCUGAAUAUGACAUCAUGGUGAAGAUAAAGAACUGGGUGGCGGAAGAGAAGAAACCAGUCAGAUUUUACGCUGACUGGAAUGAAAAAGAGAUUGAGGUGUUGAACAAAUACCUGUUUCUGACAUCCAAGCCCAUGAUCUACCUGGUGAAUCUCUCCGAGAAGGAUUACAUCAGAAAAAAGAACAAGUGGUUGGCAAAAAUCAAGGAGUGGGUAGAUGCUCACGACCCCGGUGCCCUGGUCAUUCCCCUGAGUGGAGCGCUGGAGUCCAAACUGCUGGACAUGGAGGACGAGGAGGAGAGGAAUAAGUACUGUGAGGAAGUGAAGACACAGAGUGUUCUGACCAAAAUAAUAAAGACCGGCUAUGCAGCGCUACAGCUGGAAUACUUCUUCACAGCGGGACCAGAUGAGGUGCGAGCGUGGACCAUCAGGAAAGGUUCCAAAGCUCCACAAGCCGCAGGAAAGAUCCACACUGACUUUGAGAAAGGCUUCAUCAUGGCCGAGGUGAUGAAGUACAUUGACUUCAAAGAGGAGGGCAAUGAAGUCGCAGUCAAGGCUGCUGGGAAAUACAGGCAACAGGGCAGGAACUACGUCGUGGAGGACGGGGACAUUAUCUUUUUCAAAUUCAACACACCCAACGCCCCCAAAAAGAAAUAAUGAGACAACAUGAUCACCAGAGGGAGAACUCAGAAUACUGUUCAGUCAGGCCCCCGAGAGCUUCACUGUCUGCUGGAUUUCACACUUCUCUCUUGAAAUCAGAUGAUCAUUAUCUGGCACUGACUGGCCAGAGAUAUUUACUCACCGAGGUCUGAACCAGAAUCUAUUUAAAAAUCAUUGUCAUUAUAACAUUUCAAUACUUUCAGAUUUUUAAAAGGCACCAACUGCACUACGCAUCAAACAUUGUUGAACAAGAGAAGAACAAGAAAGAAUACAAGUAGCUUUAAUGGAAUUUUUUUUGUUUAAUUUUAAUGGAAAUCAGGACGUUGUAACAGAAUUUAAGAUAUUCUCUGUUGUAAUUGAUAAAAGCACUGUAUGCAGCAGGCCUUGGGUUUUGAUAAUUGAAGUCUCACAACUCAAAUAUACUUUAAGAGGUUAGAUUUGUGUUUUAUUUACCCAAAUUUAUCUUAAAGAGAAUGUUUAAUUCCCCUUUGAGUAAUGAGAUCUUAUAUUUGCAGUCGUUAUUGACAUUUACCUCCAUGAUGACUGCUGAUUAAUUGGUGAGUUCUCAGAUCCUAACAAGUCUCUUGAUAAGUGUUUUAUUAAAGUGCAGGCAUGAGUUGGUGUAUUCUACAGCAGCUGCAGGUGCCUCAACUGAGUUAACAAAAACUGGACCAUUCUGAUGUGGUCAUUGCUUUAAAAUUAAUAAGAUGUGAACUUUUCUCAGUUUCUUCAUGUCUUUUUAACUUCAUGUUAUUAACAAAGUCCUAAUAUUGGAUAUAUAUCAUGUAAAUAAUGAUUUGACAGCCAUUGUAUUCACUUUAAAAGAGAGAAUGAAAUCCAACACAGUGCUUACCUUCAGGCUAGAGCUGUGCAGUAUUCUGAGCAGGAGGGUUAUUGUUAUUUUAGACAGAGUAAAGCAGGCAUCUCCUGUGAUGCCUAAUCUGACUCCUGAACAGAAGAUGUUGUUACACACUGCUUUUAUUGACUUAACUUUGGGCUUGUUAAAAACAAAGACUCUUCACUUUAUGAACUCCACCCUGCGUGAUGAGACAAUGCUUCAUUGUGAACGUGGACUGCUUCAGGAGUGUUCUGUGCUGCGUCUGGCUUCACCUCUCCUCACCGCCUCCACAGUGUGAAUCUCUUUCUUUUCCAGAGUGUUUCCCAUCGCCUCAUCAAACAUCUUGCCAAAUUGUGGACGUUAGAAACUUGGACCACUUUUGUGAACUGUUGUGAGCUGCUGAGGAAGAAGACAGGUACAUGGGGAAAAAACUAAAAGGUGUUAUUUCAAAGGGAGCGAAGGCCUAAUAAAUGUCACUCAUCAAUAUGCAUGUCAAUAAAGGAGACAACCUCUGUCA